AUGGCCACAAAGCAAUCAGAUGCCAUAGAAAAAGGCAUGACUGACUACAUGAAAGCAGAAUAUGGACAACAUGGAGGUGGAAAACACGGACUUUGGACAUCGGAUGAACUACCUAUUCUCUUGAAGACUACACAGAAUCAUGUAUCCAGCUAUAACUCAGUGUGUAAGGAGGCAAAAGAGACAUCCACGAAAGGGGCUUUGGAAGCCAAGGACUAUUCUGGAAACAACAAAGAAACAAACAAUCAGUCAACUGAGAAGCAUCCCAGUGCCAGAAUGAUCACUUUGAGAAGCCCUAGCGUGAAUUCUUCCACCUUCGUUCUCACUGCAUUUUCGGGCCUGGAGCAACAAUAUCUCUGGAUCUCCAUUCCCUUCUUCACCACCUACACCUUGGUGUUUUGGGGCAAUUGCAUGGUGUUGCAUGUGAUCCGGACUGAGCCCAGCCUGCACCAGCCCAUGUUCUACUUUCUGGCCAUGCUGGCCCUCACUGACCUAUCCAUAGGGCUGUCCACAGUGCACACGGUACUGGGCAUCCUGUGGGGGUUCAUUCAAGAAAUCAGCCUGGAUUCCUGCAUUGCCCAGUCCUACUUCAUCCAUGGUCUAUCCUUCAUGGAGUCCUCUGUCCUCCUUACUAUGGCCUUUGAUAGGUAUAUUGCUAUUUGCCAUCCACUGCGUUAUUCCUCCAUUCUGACUAAUUCCAGGAUUUUCAAAAUUGGGCUCACCAUAGUAGCUAGGAGUUUCUUCUUUAUUACACCCCCCAUCAUCAAUCUGAAAUUUUUCCAUUAUUGCCGUUCCCACAUCCUGUCUCACUCAUUCUGCCUGCACCAGGACCUUCUCCGCCUAGCUUGCUCAGACAUCAGAUUUAACAGCUAUUAUGCCCUGAUGCUGGUCAUUUUCACACUGUUGUUGGAUGCUGCUCUGAUCCUCUACUCCUAUGUGCUGAUUCUUAGGGCAGUUCUGGCAAUUGCCUCUCAGGAGGAGCGGCAUAAAUCAUUGCAGACCUGCAUCUCCCACAUUUGUGCUGUUCUGGUGUUCUACAUCCCUAUCAUUAGCCUAACAAUGGUGCACCGUUUUGGCAAGCAUCUAUCCCCUGUGAUCCAUGUCCUUAUGGGCAACAUCUACAUCCUUUUCCCACCUUUGAUGAAUCCCAUCAUCUACAGUGUCAAGACCCAGCAGAUUCGAAGCAGAAUGCUCAGACUCUUUUCUCUGAAAAUAUGUUGA